CGACUGAAAAGGACCUGAAAAGCAAGGAAGCUGAACUGAAGCAAAUGUGCCCCCCUGCUAUGAACACAAUGCUAAAUAAGCAUACAAAGGAGGAGGCAGUGAGGAAAAUAAAUGACAGGAGAGAAAUGACCAUUGAAGAUGUUCCACCCAGUAUUCCUGGUUUGUAA